AUGACUGGCACCGACAACACCAACCCCGGCAACUUCGCCAACCGACCCAAGGAAGAAGUUCAAGAAAUUGCCUCCAAGGGGGGAAAGUCCAGCCACUCUGGCGGAUUCGCCAGCAUGGACGCCGACAAGCAGCGAGAGAUUGCUUCUGAAGGCGGCAAGGCAUCCUCUGGCUCUUUCGAGCCUGGUAGUGAGAAGGCCAAGGAGGCUGGUCGCAAGGGUGGAUUGGCUUCCUAG